UCCAGGUAAAAGAAAACAACCCCGGUUGCCAGGAGUCGUCGAUAGACAACACUCCACGUGGAAUAUAAUUGCUUGGGGCUCACACUGGAUGGCUGUGAUGAGGACACGAGCGCAGCACCGGCUUCUGCAUACCACCACCUGACCAUUCCUCAUCAACAAUCCAUGGAUGUUCUGAUCGAUCAACCAGGCGUCUCCCUUACAUCUGUAGCCAGAUGUUGCUGCGUCGGAAGUUAUUCUUCACGGGCUAUAAAUGCAUGGUAAUAUCACUCGGACACCUUCAGCACCACCAACCGUCCACGGCCCCCGCCAUCUCUCUCCCCUCUUCUUUGUCGUCGCUUCCAGACUUGAGCCACUACCAAACACAUAUGGCACAACAUCACCCACAAGCUUGGUCUUGGAUAGAUCUGCACCACCAUUAUCAGCAUCUCUACCAAGCAGAGGAGGAGGAAUCAAUGGUUGAGAGAGAAAACAUGUUUGAAAAGCCCCUAACCCCUAGCGAUGUAGGCAAGCUCAACAGGCUGGUCAUCCCAAAGCAGCACGCCGAGAAGUACUUCCCCCUCGGCCGCGACUCAGGCGAGAAAGGCCUUCUGCUGAGCUUCGAGGACGAAUCAGGCAAGGCAUGGCAGUUCCGGUAUUCUUACUGGACCAGUAGCCAGAGCUACGUGCUGACCAAAGGGUGGAGCCGCUUUGUCAAGGAGAAGAGGUUAGAUGCAGGCGAUGUCGUGCUCUUUGGACGUCCACGGUUCGGGGGAGACCGUCUCUUCAUCGGGUGCAGACAUCGGUGGGCAAACGAGAGCCCGCCACCGGCUCACGCCAUGGCCGUGGCCACUGCUGCAGGGCCACGGCGGGCAGUGUGCCACCCUGAUCCUUGCUCCUGUCCAACGAGCACCUCAUGCUUCAGCUCGGUGCAGGAGGACUGUCUUCUUCUUCGUGCAGGCGAUCAGAGGGAUGAAGCAGUGCAGAGUGAGGCAGUGACACCUGCUAACUCGAAGCGAUUCAGACUCUUCGGCGUGGAUUUUGACUAUCGUCCGGCGCCUGAGCCGGAGCCUUCGAUCCCAAUCUCAUGGUUUUAGGCCACAGCGCAUGCCAGUCCAAGCCGACAAAUGCUUCCAGCUCGGUUGCUGCAAAGACUCGACUCACAAGGUUGCCUCAAUCGAGAAAAUAGGAUAAAAGGAGGAAGGCCACGUUCACAAGGUUCGAUUCACUUGUGAGUUCCCAGCAUAAGACACGAGAACAACAAAAGUUAGGAGAAGAGAAGGGGACAAGAAAUCCGCGGUUUUCCGUUUAAAUUUCCUUCGAAAAAUGCACUGUGCAGGGUCUGACGAAUGGGUGAAGUUUCAGGAAACGUCAGCUUGGCACUGUGACUCACUCUCGUUAAGUGUGUUGUUCUUCAGGAAAGGACUCCAGAAAUCACUGGCACCUUCUUCUUUUUAUUUUUUCUGAAGUUGAACAGGAAUCGAGUACAGUGUACAGUGUACACUCGACCAUCUUUAACUAGGCAAUAAACAGAUCGAUGUGUUGGCACA